GUGUGUUAAUUGUAAUAUUGUGUUUUCUGUUUUUCUCCCCUCUUUCUCACAGUGACUAUUUAUUCAAACUGCUUCUGAUCGGUGAUUCUGGGGUCGGAAAGUCGUGUCUCCUCCUCCGGUUUGCAGAUGACACGUACACAGAGAGCUACAUUAGCACCAUCGGUGUGGACUUCAAGAUCAGGACCAUCGAGCUGGACGGGAAGACCAUAAAGCUCCAGAUUUGGGACACGGCCGGCCAGGAGCGGUUCCGCACCAUCACGUCCAGCUACUACAGAGGAGCUCACGGCAUCAUAGUGGUUUACGACGUGACGGAUCAGGUCAGUGCCCAUCCUGGUUUCU